AUGGACAGAGAGACGCGCAUAUUUGCAGAGAAGCACUUCCAGGGCCUCGGAGAGUGUCUCCCAAGUAGCGUCGGCCGGACUCCUGACUGCGUGGAUUUCAUCGAGAAGCCAGAAGCCUUCUCUUAUGCCGAUUUCUUCAAGAGAUUCCUACUCCCCAACGUGCCCUGUGUUUUCUCCAGCGCCUUCACUGAAAGCUGGGGCAGCAGGAAGCACUGGGUGACACCCGAAGGGAAGCCUAAUUUUGAUUAUCUGCUUCAGAAUUACGGAGACAUGAUUGUACCUGUUGCAAACUGUGGAGUAAAGGAAUACAACUCCAAUCCCAAGGAACACAUGCCCCUCAGAGACUACAUCAUCUACUGGAAAGAAUAUAUUCAGGAGAACUACUCCUCCCCAAAGGGCUGUCUGUACCUGAAGGACUGGCACCUAUGCAGGAAUACCUCAGCAGAGGGUGUGUACUCCCUGCCUGUGUACUUCUCCUCAGACUGGCUGAACGAGUACUGGGACGCCAUCGAUGUGGAUGACUACCGCUUUGUCUACAUGGGCCCUGCAGGCACCUGGUCACCAUUCCAUGCUGACAUCUUGCGCUCCUUCAGCUGGUCCGUCAACAUCUGUGGGAGGAAAAGGUGGUUCUUGUUUCCACCAGGGCAGGAAGAAGCCCUGCGGGAUUGCCAUGGUGGCCUGCCCUACGAUGUAACCUCUCCCACGCUCCUUGAUGUCCGCCUGCACCCAGCACGUACACAUUGCAGCGCACCUCUGGAGGUUACGCAGGAGGCAGGCGAGAUGGUAUUCGUGCCCAGUGGAUGGCACCACCAGGUCCACAACCUGGAAGACACCAUCUCGAUCAACCACAACUGGAUCAAUGGCUGUAAUCUGGGCCCCAUGUGGCGCUUCCUGCAGCAGGAGCUCCUCGCUGUCCAGCAGGAGAUCAGCGAAUGGAGAGAUGUCAUGCCUGACUGGCACCACCACUGCCAGGUGAUCAUGAAGUCCUGUACAGGGAUCAAUUAUGAAGAAUUUUACCACUUCCUCAAGAUCAUUGCUGAAAAGAGGAUCCCCAGCCUGGCAAAUGGAAUGGCCACUGAGACAGCGGGGAGUGUUAGUGACACCGGGCUGGGUGUCCAGCAUACUGCUUUCGAUGUUAGUCGAAUUACUGAGGUACUGGCAUCCCUGAUCACCAACCCAGACUUCCAGAGACUAGAUACCAGUGCCUUCUCGCUGCAGCCAGGGGAUCUCCUCCAGCAGCUAGAGGAGGCCAGAACUGCCACUGUGUCCCUUUAA